CUUAACAUAUUGGCAAACUGUUCAAAAACCCCAAAACUCAGACCACUGGUAAAAAAAAGUUAUAAGCGAAACCUUACAGUAUACUGCACAUUUCAUAAUACCAGAAUCAAAGGCUGCAACGAAAGAAACAAAGAAGAAGAAGCAACGAAUCGAUCAAAGAGGUUUUUCUACUGGAACUUGGGUGUUUUUCAAAUUUGGUACUUUGUAGUUAUUUUGUCAUGUCUGAUAUUAACAAAGGUUCCAAGAGAAACCUUCCAUCAUGGAUGAGUUCAAAAGAUAAUGAUGAUGGUGAAAAUUCUGGAAAGAAACCAAUUUUGGAUGGUGACGGUGAGAAAUCCAGUGAAGUUGAGACUUCCAAGAAGAAGACCAAAGUUCAAUAUGAAAAUGCUGGGAAAUCUUCGGCUUCUUGUUCGGAAUCUAAAGGCUUUGACAAGCUUCUGGAAGGUGUAGUUUUUGUGCUGUCAGGCUUUGUGAAUCCCGAGCGUGGGAUUUUGAGGUCGCGUGCAAUGGAAAUGGGAGCAGAGUUUAAGCCUGAUUGGAACUCUAAUUGCACUCUUUUGGUUUGUGCAUUUCCAAAUACUCCCAAGUUUCGACAAGUUGAAGCUGAUUGUGGAACUAUUGUGUCCAAGGAUUGGAUACAAGAGUGUUACACCCAGAGGAGACUCGUCGAAAUUGAUAGUUACCUUAUGUAUGCUGGGAAACCAUGGCGUAAAGGAAGUAGAUCGCACGAAGUCAAUGAAGAACAUAAACCAUCUGUACCGCACAAACCACCAAGGCAUGUUGAUAGAGAGCCUUCAAAGGCAACUACUUCUAUAAAAUCGAAGGGAAAAGACAUCGACAGCACUAGGAAAUGCUUUGAGCCUUCUGAGGUAAAGAAGUGGGCUCUUGAUGAUUUGAAUAAAACAAUUCAGUGGUUGGAAAGUCAAGAAGAAAAGCCAGAUCCAAGUGAGAUAACAAAAAUAGCUGCAGAAGGGAUUCUGACUUGCUUGCAAGAUGCAAUAUGUUCUCUCGAGGAAAAACAGGACAUUGGGCGAGGAACUGAGGACUGGAAAUUCUUACCUCGAGUUGUUGAGGAGCUUGCAAAGUUGGAUGUCGUGGGAAACAUUAAGACUUCAAUGUCAAAGGAAGAUAUCCACAAACAAGCACUGGAAUGUAAACGUAUUUACGAGGAGGAACUAAACAGGUUAGAUCAUGAAUUGACAAAGAAAUCAAAGAUAAAUGAACAGCAGAGGAGCAAAAAGGGAAAAACAAAUGCCGCAUCUUCUAGUGCAGCUGACUAUGAUAGUGAUGAUACAAUCGAAAUGACAGAACAAGAAAUAGACCUUGCAUAUAAGACUUUAUCCUCUAACACGUGUCACCUAUGAAUGUUUGAUUGAACUUGUUUCUUUAGGGAUGAAAAGUAGUUAGUUUGGUUAAUAGAAUUUUUUGUUUGUCUUUCUAUGUCAAUAUACUACAGAAAAGGCUCAAGCCUGUUACCUGACUCUGUUUAGACUUUAGAGUUAACUUCUUCACAUCUCAUGUCUGUUUUGCUGCUUCAAUAUAUACUAUAUAGUACUGCUUUUCACUACA